AACACAAAGUACAAGAAUAAUAUUUUCAUUUGUUUAAUUUUGAGGAUGGAAAUAACCAAUAUAAAUGGAGGCAAUGACACUGAGACUCCAUCGCAGACGCCCGACAAGCGGGAACUACUCUGCCUUCUCAAGCUGAUAAGGAAAUACCAGUUGAAGGGCACCGAGGAGCUGCUCUGUCAGGAGGCAAAUGUGAGCAGCGCUGAUCUCGCUGGCAUCUGCGAGGAGGAUGUAAAACUAUUGCUAAGCGAUGCAUUGGCUCAGGCCAGUGAGGCGGAUGAGCAGCUGAACAAGAAACCGAUAGCGGCGCAGUCAGCCAAGUCGCUUGCUGUAACUGAAGCGAAUACAGCCGAGGCGCUGGCAAAGUUCAUUGGGGACGACGCUUUCGAUGCCCAGCAGUAUGAGCAGGCAUACGAUGAGUUGCGAACGUUUGUCGAGGAAUCCCUGGACAUUUACAAACACGAAUUGUCCAUGGUACUGUAUCCGAUCCUGGUGCAGAUCUAUUUCAAGAUCAUAGCCAGUGGACAGAUUGAAAAAGCGCGCGGUUUCAUUGAGAAAUAUAAAUCGAAUCUGGAUGGCUACUAUAUCGAGGGUCUGUUCAAUCUGUUGUUGAUUUCCAAGCCCGAGGAGCUGCUGGAUAAUGAUCUGGUGACUGCGAUGGAGACGGAUAAGUUUGUCAUACGCAUGUCCCGCGAUGCUCACUCCCUGUUCAAGCGCCACAUACAGGAUCGGAGGCAGGAGGUCGUCGCAGAUAUUGUGUCCAAGUAUCUGCACUUUGACACCUACGAGGGCAUGGCGCGCAACAAGUUGCAGUGCGUCGCAACGGCCGGGUCGCAUAUCGGUGAUGCGAAGCGACAGGAUAAUAAGGUGCGGGUCUAUUAUGGCCUGCUCAAGGAGGUGGACUUUCAGACGCUGACGACGCCAGCGCCGGCACCCGAAGAAGAGGACGAUGAUCCCGACGCACCCGAUAGACCUAAGAAAAAAAAACCGAAAAAAGAUCCGUUGCUUUCGAAGAAAUCAAAAUCGGAUCCCAAUGCACCUGCAAUAGAUCGCAUCCCGCUGCCCGAGCUGAAGGAUGCGGACAAGCUGCUCAAGCUGAAGGCGCUGCGUGAGGCGAGCAAGCGACUACCGCUCAACAAGGAUCAGCUGCCGUCGGCCGUCUUCUACACCGUGCUCAAUUCGAUGCAGGGCGUCACCUGUGCCGAGAUCUCUGACGAUUCCACGAUGCUCGCCUGCGGCUUUAGUGAUUCGACGGUGCGCAUCUGGUCGCUGACGCCGGCCAAGUUGCGUGCGUUGAAAGAGGCGGAUGCACUGCGUGAACUGGACAAGGAGUCGGCCGACAUCAACGCUCGCAUGCUGGACGAGCGCAGUGGCGAGAUGACGCGCACCUUUAUGGGUCACACUGGGCCCGUCUAUCGUUGCGCCUUUGCGCCCGAAAUGAAUCUGUUGCUCUCGUGCUCUGAGGAUAGCACCAUCCGCCUUUGGUCACUGCUCACCUGGUCCUGUGUGGUCACCUAUCGUGGCCAUGUCUUUCCCAUCUGGGAUGUGAGAUUUGCUCCGCAUGGCUACUAUUUCGUCUCCUGUUCGUAUGACAAAACGGCCCGUUUGUGGUCCACGGAUUCGAAUCAGUCGAUUCGCGUCUUUGUGGGUCAUCUGUCGGAUGUGGAUUGUGUGCAGUUCCAUCCCAAUUCCAAUUACAUUGCCACCGGCUCCAGCGAUCGCACUGUGCGUCUCUGGGAUGCACUCAACGGUCAAUCCGUGCGUCUCAUGACAGGACAUAAGGGCACCGUCAAUACUCUGGCGUUCUCCACCUGUGGUCGUUACUUGGCCUCCGGUUCCGUGGAUCACAACAUCAUUGUGUGGGAUCUGUCGAAUGGAUCGCUGGUCACAACACUGCUGCGGCACACGAGCACUGUCACCACGAUUACCUUCAGCCGGGAUGGAACUCUGCUUGCCGCAGCUGGGCUGGACAACAAUCUGACGCUGUGGGACUUCCAUCGGCUCACCGAAGAUUAUCUCCGCAAUCACAUCACGGUGUCGCAUCACCAGGACGAGAACGAUGAGGACGUAUACCUGCUGCGCACAUUCCCCAGCAAGAACUCACCUUUUGUGGCGCUUCAUUUCACCCGGCGCAAUCUUCUCAUGUGCGUCGGACUCUUCAAGAGCUAAGCGAGAUCAUUUGGAAUCUAAAUAUAUAUAUACAUAUAACUUUGUUAAGCUAAGCGGGACACAAUUCGGGAAUCAAUUUGUAGUUACUUUUAUGGUCUAAGUGUGUUCUUGUGUCGUCUUUAAUUGUUUCUAAAACUAUAAUUUGUCAUUCAGCAUUCGUUUCGAGAUUUCUGGCAUCCGAUUUACGAUCUAAGUUAAUAUUAGUCAUAAGCUCUAAAAUGCAAAUAUAUUUUGGGUAAAAGCACCAA